AUGUCCGGUGCACUUUCCUCUACCAACUCUGCAACCGCUGAAGACCUUUACACUGAAGAACAGAAGACGCUCGUCAACAGCCCGCUUUACAGCCUUCUCCGCCAGCAAGUCAUAGACGACAUGGAGGCCUAUGCCUACGAGCACGGCCUUGACGACGACGAGGAUCCAAUACCACCGGAGGUCUUCAAGAAAGGCCACAUUCGGAACGUCAUCGGCUUCAUCGACUUCUGCAUCAGCGAUGCGUUGUACAACAAUCCUUACAAAGUUGUUCCCAUCGUCUACCUCGCCUCUGCCGGCAUGCUCAUUAUAUGCAUCGUCAUUAAGGAAUACGUCAUAUUCCAGGCCACAAAGCGUCUCAUGAGGGAGUGGGUCAUCCAAAUACACUCUUCGAUCCAUGCUGGCGGCUAA